CUCUCGCUCUCUGGUGACGUCGCCACACGAGGCUGGCGAGUGCGGUCUGCGACGCUCCAGAUGCUGCUUCGCGGGACGCGCUGAGCUGAAGAGGCAGCGUGGCGAAUCGCAGUCCGCCGGCGCCGGCUAGCGCGCAAUGGCUGGCAGACGAAGCCGACGGGCUAAGCCCGGUUGGGCCCCGGCGCGCCGUCGCCUGUGCUUGGCAAUGACGUGGGGACGCCCGUUCAGGAGGACUACCCAGCGCGCAAGGAACACCAGCAGGUCGCGAGACUCUGGUUUUAAGCCCUGCCGUCGCUGCUGCGCAAGCCGUUCGCACCUCGUCCGUUCCCUUUAUCUUUGCACAAGAGGAGGAGCAAGAGCGCGCAAUUGCCCGCCAUGGUAUCGCUCAUGCAGCUGUUUGUGAGGGCCGACGGCCAGCCCGGCUCCAACAGAGACGCAGAGACCAAAUCGAACUCGCUGUCUUCCUUUCUGUCGACCCUCGUGCCGACCGCCAUCAUCGCCGCGGUCUUCGUCGCCCUGUUCUUCAUCUUCCGCCGCCGCUUCCGCAGGCUGUAUGCGCCGCGCACCUACAUCGAUAGCUUGGGCGAGCAGCGACAGACGCCCCCGCCGAGCAAUGGCUUCUUCGGCUGGAUCAGGGACUUCCGGAAUAUCAAGGACGAGUACAUUCUGGACCAUCAGAGCAUCGAUGGCUACCUGUUUGUGCGCUACUUCAAGCUGCUCAUCAUCGUCUGCUUCGUGGGCUGUCUGAUUACUUGGCCGGUUCUGUUCCCCAUCAAUGCUACGGGUGGCGCCGGUAACGAGCAGCUGGAUAUUCUCUCCAUGAGCAACGUGGUCGACUUCAACCGCUACUACGCCCAUGCGCUGGUGUCCUGUGUGUUCCUGGGGUGUGUAAUGAUCAUCAUCGCCCGCGAAUCCUUCUACGCUGUCAACAUCCGCCAGGCCUACCGCCGCUCUCCCUGGGGCGCCAGUCGUCUCUCCUCGCGCACCAUCCUCUUCACCAACGUGCCCAUGAACAUCACCCAGAACGCUCUCUUCGAGAUGUUCCCCGGCGUCGUACAUGCAUGGGUAGCAUCCAACUGCAAAGAUCUGCAGGAAUUGAUCGACGACAGGGAUGACACGGCACUGAAGCUCGAGGCUGGUGAGAUCCAGCUGUCGCGUGACGCUAACCUGAACCGUCUCAAGGCUGCAAAGGGCAAGAAACACUAUGAGGGCCAGGACGCCGCCGAUGGAUCCAAGUGGCUCAAUCCCAAGGACCGACCUACGCAUAAGCUCAAGUUCCUGAUCGGGAAGAAGGUCGACACGAUUGCCUACGGACGACAGCAUCUGGCCGAGCUCAUCCCCAGGAUCGAGGCGGAGCAGGACAAGCACUGGAAUGGCCACGGUGAUCUCGUUGGCGCCGUGUUCUUGGAAUUCGCUACGCAGAAGCAAGCCCAGGACGCCUGGCAGAUGAUGCAAAAGAGGAAGACGAAGCCCAACUCGAAGAUGUCCGCGCGCCAGCUGGGCGUCGUCCCAGGAGAGGUUGUUUGGAACAACUUGCGCAUCGGCGUUGCCGAGCAUUGGGCCAGGUGGCUGGUUGUGACUGCUUUCGUUAGCGUCAUGAUUAUCUUCUUCGCUUUGCCGGUUGCCUUCGUCGGUGCCAUAUCGCAGAUCAACUAUCUGACUGGAAGGUUUACCUGGCUUGCAUGGAUCAACGACAUCCCUUCGGUCAUCUUGGGGGUAAUCACCGGCCUGCUUCCCGUCGUCAUGCUCGCGGUCCUCAUGUCCUUGGUCCCCAUCAUCUGCCGACUCAUGGCUAAGCUCGCCGGCUGGGUAACGCUCUCCCAAGUCGAGCUCCAAACUCAAUCCUGGUACUUCGCCUUCCAAGUCAUCCAGGUCUUUCUUAUCACAACCUGCGCCGGCGCCGUCACCACCGUCAUCGACGAGGUCCUCGACAAUCCCGGCUCUGUCCUCACCCUCCUCUCCAACAAUCUCCCCAAAGCUUCAAACUUCUACAUCUCCUACUUCGUCCUGUUUGGCCUGUCCGCGGCCGCUGGCACCCUGCUCAACAUCGGCGGCUUCGUCACCGUCGUGCUACUCGGCCGCAUCUUACCUGGCAAAACGCCCCGUAAGAUCUUUCAGAAACUCACAAAGCUGUCCGGGCCUAUGUGGGGUUCUGAGUCCCCGAAGUGGGUCAACCUGGGCGUCAUCGCGCUAUCCUACUCCUGCAUUGCUCCUCUGGUCCUCGGUUUCGCGACCGUAGGUUUCUCCUUGAUCUACAUCGCCUUCCGCUACAACUUCCUCUACUGCUAUGAAACCGACAUCGACACCAAAGGUGCCGCGUACGAGCGCGCAUUGCGCCAACUCAUCACCGGCGUCUACCUCUCUGAAGGCUGCCUCAUCGGCCUCUUCGCCAUCGCCACCGGCGAGGAAGUACGCGCCGCCGGGCCGCUCGCUAUCGAAUGCUUGCUUUUCGUCUGCACCAUCCUUUUCCACCUCAUGCUGCGAACCGCACUCAAGCACCACGAAGCGCGCCUCGCGUACGCCGAUCCCGUCCCGAACCCGCAUGCUGAUCACAACUUGGAGAACGGCGUCGGCGGCGCGGAGAAAACGUCCGCGACUACGAACGGCAACGCUGAGCCCGUUACCCCUCCACGCGCAUCCCGCAUUCCCGCCUUCCUCCGCAAAAUUAUCGACCCGGACCGCAACAGUAUCUCCAACCUCAGCGCCUCGCUCGACCAAUUCUACCACCAGCCGCAAACGCCGCUGCCCGUCGAGAUCCAGAAACGCGCCUUCUUUAACCCGGCAGUCACUUCCCUGACACCGAUUCUCUGGAUAGUGCACGAUGAGAUGGGCAUAUCAGAGCGGGAGGUUCGGGACUCGAAGAAAGCGGUCCCCGGGUUGAUCAUUACGGAUGAGCAGGCUACGUUUAAUGAGAAGAAUAAGGUGGUGUGGGAUGGUGUGAACACGGGAAAGGCGAGGGAGGCGCCGGUGUUUGAGGAGAAGAUUCUUUAUUAGGCGUUGGAUAAUCUGCCCGAAUACUGGAAAUGGAGCGAGUUGAAGGGGGAGCAGGAAAAGGUGGUGGUGGAGGGUAGAAGUUAUGUGAAGGUGAUGGAGCGGGGGGGGAAGUUUGAUACCUUGCAGGUGACGCCUUAGAAAUUUUCUUUUCGGAAUUUGAGUUGCUUGAUCGAUUGACGACGGACGGACGAGACAUACCCCCAUGAGAUAUCCA